UCUGGGCUCCCGCAUGUGGAGUAAACUGGAGCAUGAGUGGGAUGGAGGCAUGGUACAUGGAUGAGUCCAGUGAGGACCAGAGACUCCCUCACAGACUGAGCCCGAACCAGCCCGUGACCCGCGAGCAGCUCCAGCACAUCGGCGUGUAUCACUGGAAGUUAAAUGCAGAUAUUUAUGAGAAUGACCCAGAACUGCAGAAGAUCCGUGAGGAAAGAGGUUUUUCCUAUAUGGAUAUCAUAACUAUUCACCCGGAUAAACUUCCUGAUUAUGGUAACAAACUGAAAAUGUUCUACGAAGAACACCUUCAUCUUGACGACGAGAUCCGCUAUAUUCUGGACGGGUCGUCUUACUUUGACGUGAGGGACAAAGACGACCGCUGGAUCCGAUUGGCCGUGUGUAAAGGUGACCUCAUCACACUACCGGCGGGAAUCUACCACAGAUUCACCGUUGAUGAAACCGACUACACUAAAGCCAUGCGUCUGUUCGUCGGGGAGCCGGUCUGGAAGGCUUAUAACCGCCCGGCGGAUGACUUUGACAUCCGUAAGACCUACGUCAGCUCCCUGAGAUCCUCCUGAGACGCUUCUGAGACCUCCCUGAGACGCCACAUCUGAUUGGUUUAGAGUUAACG